AUGGUUAUUGGUGGUAUCAUCCAAACAAAUGUGUUCAACUUGGAAGUAAUACUAACAUUGAUCUACAUCAUCACACGUGAACUUGAGAGUUUUGCACACAAUUACGUUCUUUUACACAGUGUUUGGAGUGGUAGAAAUAAUCUUAAGGCUAGUUUUGGUGGGACUUUUGAUGACUAUAAGGGUGAUCCGAUAUAUGCUUAUGCGUCUAAAGUUCUUCAUCCUCAAGAUGUACAUAAUAUUUUUGUCGUUGAGUUAUGGGCAAUAUGGGUAGGUCUUAAACUUGCCUUGGAACUCGGCAUUAAAUCCAUAUGGAUUGAAUUUGACUCUCUUAGUGCAGUUAAAAUAAUCAAUGGAGAACAACAAUCUCAUAAUCCAAGGGUGAAGUGUGGUUUGGUUCGGAUUUGGGAGCUCCUAAACAAAUUCGACAAUUGCAUAGUUUCUCAUACGUGGCGUGAAACUAAUAGGGCUGCAGAUUAUCUUACGAAAAUUGAUCUUGAAGUAAUUGAUAUUAUUUUACAGCCAAUUGAUUUUCCUCAUACCGUCAUUGAUAUUAUCAAAGACAAUGCUGAAGGAAGAUAG